AUGUCAUCAGUUUAUGAAACAACUGAUCGACCAAAAGAAUAUAACUCAUCAAAAUUAGAAUCAUUACUUCCCAUAGAAAGUACAUUUUAUAUUAAACCAAACUUUCCUGGUCGAUAUUCUCAUAUUUGCAAUGGAGGAUUUAUCACAUCGAAUAUUUAUCGAAAUCAAGGCAUUGGUAGAAUUAUGGCAUUAGCCUUCAUUAAAAUUACUCCAUUAUUAUGUUAUAAAGCUUCAAUGUUUAAUUUAGUAUUUUCAAAUAAUACAUUUAGUAUUCGUCUUUGGAGAUCAUUAGGAUUUCAAGAAAUUGGAAGAAUUCUAAACGCUGGUUAUCUUAUCAAAAAAAAAGAAACGACAAAACAAAUAAAUGUAGAAAUAGAAGAAGAAUUUGUGGAUGCCAUUAUGUUUUAUUAUAGUUUUACUUGA